CGUUUGCCCAUGGGAUGGUACUUGUAGCAGUUGUUGACUAUCUAGUGAGCCGAAACAAUAUGCGUCUUCUCUGGCUGCCCGCUAGCCAAACUCGCAAAACGACAAUAUUCUUCAUCGCUGAGAAUUCAACAUGACUUAAGUGGCUCAGUGCGAGACUUUUUAUUCUCUUUUUCAAUUCGAAGUUCCGAACAAUCAACUCCUAAACUCUCAUUGAUUCAGCUUGAUUUUCCUACUGCUUAAGAAAGUGAGUAAUGGCGACGAGUUUUUCUUCUACAAUCUUUGCACCCUCAAUUUCGUCUUCUUCAGCUGCCAAAGCAAGGAGUUCGAAGAAUUUAGGUUCUGGAUACUCAUCGAUCAAUUUCCUUCACAACAAUCCCCUUUCAACUCGUGCAUCGGCUCCCAGGGUCAGAGCAACUCUUCUACAAGAUAAUAAGGAGAAAGUAAUUGUAGAAGAGUCAGUCCCAUCCAAGAUUUCUCCCAGUGAUACCAAUAAAGGAAGUAGUGGGGAGUCAAGUUCGAGUUCGUCCUCUAAUACGUUGGAGAAAUGGGUUAUCAAGCUUGAACAAUCUACUAAUAUAUUUCUCACGGAUUCUGUAAUAAAGAUACUCGAUGCUUUCUAUCACGAUAGACACUAUGCAAGGUUUUUCGUUCUUGAAACUAUUGCAAGAGUUCCUUACUUUGCCUUUAUAUCUGUUCUCCACAUGUAUGAGAGUUUUGGCUGGUGGAGACAAGCUGACUAUUUGAAAGUGCAUUUUGCUGAGAGCUGGAAUGAAAUGCAUCAUUUGCUCAUCAUGGAAGAACUAGGGGGCAAUUCCUGGUGGUUUGACCGAUUUCUCGCCCAACAUAUUGCCAUAGUUUAUUAUGUUAUGACAGUUAUUAUGUAUGCAAUAAGCCCAAGAAUGGCAUAUCACUUUUCUGAAUGCGUAGAGAGUCAUGCAUUUGAAACAUAUGACAAAUUUAUCAAGGUCCAAGGAGAGGAAUUGAAAAAAAUGCCUGCACCUAAGGUGGCUGUGAAUUAUUACACAGGAGGUGACUUGUAUUUAUUUGAUGAAUUUCAAACUUCCCGAUUACCAAAUUCUCGAAGGCCCAAGAUAGAGAAUCUGUACGAUGUCUUUGUAAAUAUCAGAGAUGAUGAAGCUGAACACUGUAAGACAAUGAAGGCCUGUCAAACCCAUGGGAACCUCAGGUCACCACAUUCACAUGUAGAACAUGCUGCUUUCGAAGAUGACUCAGUCUGUUCUCUUGGAGCGACGGACUGUGAAGGAAUUGUAGAUUGUAUAAAGAAAUCUGUUGCUUCUGAUCCUCAUAAGGUGAAGUGAAGUAUGCGACAAUACAGUCAACAGAACACAGGAAAACCAACGAGGUAGUGGACAAUUACAAUUAUUACUAUAUUGUUUAAAAUUUUAUAUACACAGAAACACUAUCUGAUGUACGUCUAUUGGGAAAGAAAGGCUACCGCGGACAGAAAUUAAUUUCCUAUUUGUUGAGACAAUCUUAAGCUCUAAUGCGAUAAUAAUGUCUUCAAGCA